CAAGCCGGAAACAGCGCGAUUUCGGUCGUCGAAUUUUGUUUGGAGCGGACGUAUCGUCGGUCUGGCAUAUAUCGAAACUGCAGUUGCAUUAUUUUACCAUUUUUACUUGUUACCAAUAGAGCAUAGUAUGUUGUUGCUGCGCGCGUGAAGUCGGAUUGUAUAGAAGUAGCGGUAAACUGCUUUAUUUGGAGUCGCACCGAAUAUAUAUCUGCACUUUGGCUUUUUAUUACUUUACAUAUUUUCGAUAGCGCGCGCGCGGUGAAAUUUCCCACGUAAAACCACCAAAUCACUACACAACUUAAAAAAAAAGUUGAAGACGUUGCCAACGUUACGCACGCGUACAAAUACACUUAACCAAUAGAAAAUUCAGCUAAACGUUUUUUCAUGCGCAAAGAAUGCUGAUUUAAGUGAAAGUGCAAGUAAAUCGAAUGAAACACAACAAAUAAAGCCGAUUUUAGGCAAUAUUCAGUGCAACUACCUGUUCUGCAACAAAUACAUAUACAGCAGCAACAACAACAACAACAGCGACCAAAUCUAACUGUUGCGCUCCGCCGGCUAUCUCCGUCUCCCUCUCUCCUUGGACUGCGCGCGCGCGUUUGUGUGUGUUCCUGUAUUUUCGCCAUUCAAUUGUUGUUGUUGUGGCUUUUCGCCAAGUGCAAAUAAUUCGCUUUUUGUUUUUAACCAAAUUCAUGUUGUUCAGCUAACGGUUAACGCCACUCGUCUGCUCCAAUUGGAUACGGAAAUAUAUUAUAACAGUUGCUGUACGCUUUCCACCAAAAUGGCACCAAUGCCCCGAAUUCAGUUGCCCAAUGGCAAUGCCUCGAUAAAAGCCAGCACAAAUGAUUUUCUCUUUGCGGAGACAAUGUCCGGCGACAGUAGUCCCACCCCCAGCCGUCCGCCCUCCAGCACAGCUGGCGUUGCCAAAUCUCAGUGUUCCUCGCUCUCGGAUGGCGAAUCCUUUGAGGGAUAUGGCGAAAACGAGUAUCCCACCCAACUUCGCGAGGGUCGCAGCUCCAAUUCCAAUGGCAGCCACAACAUCAGCAAUCAUAUUAACAACAAUCCCAAUAUCAGCGUGGGCAACGGCAGUGGACACAACCACAGUGGACACUCGAACGAUGGAAAUAACAAUUUAAAUGGCAGCACGGGCAUCGAACUCGAUUUGGCUCCACACGUCGGCUCAUCAACACCACAGGAUGAUGACGAACUGAACAUAAUGCCCCGGGACAAUUGGGCCAGGCGCAGUCUGCGACGAACUCCCACCAGCAAUCCUGAUAGUUUAUCCCAGCGUCGUUGGGGAUCCAUGAGACAUUCCGGCCGCAGACAGAUUAGUUCAAAUGCCUUAGCCAGCCAACUCUAUAGAUCAUCGAGCUUCAACUCAUCGGGCCGUAGCUCCAACUGUGAUACAACUGAAGACAUGUACAGCGACAUAAGCUUGGAGAAUCGUCAUGACUACGAUUAUAGGGUAAGCAAAACAAUAGCCAAACACAAACGCAAACUGCCUCGAGCACUCUUAUCUUACCAAUUCCACUUGGUAAGUGCUAAAACGAACCCACAAAAGUGUUUCUUGUCUGCCUUUUAUCUAAGCUGAAAAAUCGCCCGAAGAAUUGGCCAUAAUGUGAAUUUAUGUUCCCACACACACUCAUAGGCGCCUCUUGCCUCUGUUGUCUGGGGGCGUGGCAGUGGGAGCAGUUGGCAAGUAGAAAUCCUACGCUUUCCAUUACGUCAUGUUGGCUUUCCGUAAACUCGCAUUACUCUUUUACUUUUCGCACAAGGUUGUCCAAGGCGAACGGGGCGUUACAUUAAUGGGUAACUAGUCAACACGAAUCGAAUCGCAUCGAAUCGAAUCGAAUUGAAUCGGGUUCGAGUUUGAGUUCGAGUUCAGCUGCGGCUGCACUUGUCUUGGCCAACUAUGGGCUGUAUCUUUUCUUGUCUUCGCUAUUUGGUCGCACUACAAUUUAUUACCAGUAAUGAGACAGUGGAGCGUCGAGUUAACAAUUACGGCCUACGUGCAAAUUACCCUCCCUCGCGUACUUCUUUACCAAAAUCAUCUUGAACUUUUGGCAUUUUGUGGUGAGGUAAUCAAAGGUUUUUCCAUUUUUAUGUUGAUUUAUAAGCUGAAUAUAGAUUAUCAAGGGGAAGUCCUUCGAACUCAUUAAAUAUGUUAGAAAUACUAAAUGAUUUGAUAUGUCCAACUUACUUUGUUAAACUUUGUGUUUACAACUUUCUUGGUUACUAGCCAAUCUUAUCGUACUUCGACCUUCCUUUAGUUUCCCCUUAUAACAAUUCUCAUGUACAUAGCAAUUGUUGUCUUGGCAACUAACUAAACCCUGCUCUUUGAUAUAUACACAAAAUGUGGCAAACACAAGUUUUAAAGGAGUGCUGUGCGUUCAAAUUGACAACAAACAAAUGUGUAAAUUUACAUGCAAUAGCAACUUCUUUAAAACUUGGCAAAUUCUCACAGUUUCCGAGCAAAACUCGCAUUUGCUUUGGCAUAUAAAUAUUGACUAUAUUUUUGCCCAAUUAUGCAAACAUACGCUUAUAAAGUUUGUACACAACUGCAAAUGAAAAGUAAAUACUGCCGGCUUUAGAUAUAUCUUGAUCUGCGAGUUUUGCGUUGAUUAAGGCGGCAGUUAAACAAAUUAGAAGAGUCAAUAAGUAAGUUUACGCAGUGACACGCUUAAAAGAAGCUGAAAGUCAGUGGGAGUCUAUAAGGAUAAUCUUACUUAAAAUGUCCAAAUAUUCCACUUAUUAACAAUCUAUUAAAAUUGUGAAAAGCCUGC